UUAACAAAUAAAAAAAUAUAUUCAUCUCGAGAUGGAUUUUUUGAUACCCGCCAUCUUAAACUGAUGUAAAAAGUGCCGAAAUAUUUUAUUUGUAAUAAGGUUUAUCUGUCUGUCUGUCCGUGCAAAUAGAUAAUUAUAUUUCGACCGCAAACGUUGAAUGGAGUUAAGGGGGACGGGAAGGAGGAUGUUAUUUCUGAUUUGAUUUUAAUCGAUGCAUGAUGCUAUGACUUACUGAUUAAAGUUGUACAGUUAUAAGCAAGUAGUAUGAGCUUAAUUGCGUUGACUGUACAUACGACAAAGUGUAAUUUUCCAUUUUGAAAGCGUUUUAACAGUACACCGCGAAACAGAUGUAUGUAUGAAUAAAGUAAUCCUGGUAUAUCAGUUGGGAGAUCUUGUGUUGAUCAAUAAAACAUACACUAUUACCGAAAUCUCCUUGUAAUGUAUAAUUCAGAAAAAGGAACACCAACGAACGAAUUUUAAAUAAUUUAGUAGUAGUGGAGAGCGUACGCCUUUAUUUCACUUGGUGGUGGGUGUAAAAAUUUUUAUCGCAUAUAAUAUUAAUCGUUCAUCAAUUUGAAUCGGAUCGCAUAUUAUUUUACAUUUUAAAACUAUUGUUUUUGCAUAAAUGCUUUGAGAUGUCUGAGAUCGCCGAUGCUAUCAAACUGUUUGAAAAUGGCGUAUGAAGAACGUUUAGACAUGUCAAGAAAACUUUUCGAUCUGUCACGGAAACGAGUUGAAAGUUUGAAAAGAAAUAAAAAUGUUAAACGAUCAUGCAGGAGGAUCGAGAAACCGGGUGAGACAGAUUGGAUUACAAGUGGAAGUUUGGGUUCACGUGAUGCCGUGUUAGUAUUUCGCACCAACAUUUUAAAUACGCACACACAACAGCCUCGCUCAAGCAGCUCUGAUACAUCUAUUCUGUCCGUUAAUGCUGCCACUACAGCGUCUAAUGAUGGCAGUAAAAAUAAUUCCAUUAAACUAGAUAAAAAACUUGAAGCCACACCUACGCCGUCCACUAGUCGAAAUUCAACGGGAAAUAGCUUUUCAAAUUCGGUACGAGAAAAAGGGGGAGCAUCAGCGGAAGCUGGCAAUGAAAAGAAUGCUUUUCAUAAACAAAAACCGAAUCAACUUGUUUGCAUAAUACAAAGUGAGAAUCGUUCACGUCUAUCAUUGUCCUCCAGUGAGACUUCCAUUGGCAGCGAUGCUGAAGAUGUUGGUGGAAACGCUGGCGAAGGUGCAGAUAAUGAAAUGUUCACUUCGUUAGACACGAAUAUAAGUGGAGAUACUGAGAAUGAUGAUGACGAUGACGGUGAUGAUGACGACGAUGACGAUCAAAGUCCUGAAAUAGAAGAAUGCAAUGAAUAUGCACCGGUACAGGGUAUGCCGGCCAUCGAUCUUAAGAUCAAGUAUAAAUUUCAUCAGACGGAAACUUUAUUAUUGCGUAAGAUUUUUACACGUCAUGGCCUUAGAGAAGCUCAUGAGGAUGAAAAUUUUAACGUGUUAUGGACGGGAGUGCACAUGAAGCCGGAUGUUUUACGUAAUUUAGCUCCUUAUCAGCGGGUUAAUCACUUUCCAAGAUCGUACGAGAUGACACGUAAGGAUCGUCUUUACAAGAAUAUCGAACGAAUGCAACAUCUUCGCGGAUUUAAGCAUUUCGAUAUUAUUCCGCAAUCAUUUAUCGUACCGUUGGAAUAUAGAGAUUUGGUAUCGGCUCAUAAUAAAACUCGUGGACCUUGGAUAGUCAAACCAACUGCUUCAAGUCGAGGUCGCGGUAUAUUCAUCGUCAAUUCUCCUGAUCAGAUACCGCAGGAUGAACAGGUCCUUGUGUCUAAAUACGUGGCCGAGCCGCUUUGCAUUGACGGACACAAAUGUGAUUUGCGAGUUUAUGUGUUAGUUACCUCGUUCGAUCCACUUAUUAUAUAUAUGUACGAGGAGGGUUUAGUGCGUUUGGCUACCGUCAAAUAUAAUCUUAAUGCUGAUAAUUUAUGGAAUCCUUGUAUGCAUCUUUGCAACUACAGUAUUAAUAAGUAUCAUACGGAUUAUGUUAAGUCGAGCGCCGCUCACGAAGAAGAUGUUGGCCAUAAAUGGACUUUAUCGGCGUUGCUACGUCAUCUGAAGAGCCAUGGUUGUGAUACUCGCUUAUUAAUGACCAACAUUGAAGAUUUAAUAAUCAAGUCGAUUUUUUCUUGUGCUCAAUCUAUCAUAGCUGCUUGCCGCAUGUUUGUACCUAAUGGUAACAAUUGCUUUGAAUUAUAUGGUUUCGAUAUUCUAAUUGACGACACACUGAAGCCUUGGUUAUUGGAAGUAAAUCUAUCACCUUCGAUGGGUGUGGACAGUCCGCUUGAUGCGAAAGUUAAAGCAACUUUAAUAACUGAUCUCCUUACUUGCGUGGGAAUACCAGCUAUAACGCCAGCGAUGCGUGCUCAUUAUGAUAGCAAAUGGACGCGUUUUCGAAAUGUCACCUAUAAACGACGCACAAAUUCAGCAGAACCAAUGGAUUUGAAGAAACAAAUCUCUAUACCGAAACGAUCCAGUUUGACAGCUACUGCGCCAUCCCGGCCUUUUACUUUGGAAGAACAAAGGAUUGUACGUAAUGCUCGUUUACAAAAUGCUCGUCGUGGUGGCUUUGUUCGCAUAUUUCCUACUGAGGACAGUAUGACACGCUAUUGUAACUAUUUAGAUCCAUUAACUGGCAUACCAUUAUCCACGCCUGUAUUGCAAUGCCAAAGUUAUAUGUCAGCGAUCGUACAACAUAAUCAUAAUCAAAUGGUAUUUAAAAGCUUGUACGGUAAACCUUUAAAAGAUGGAGACGUUAAAGAGGAGAAUUCGAUAGAAGAUCGUAUGGAGCAAUAUGAACGCGUUAUUGAAACUGCUUCGCCAAUAACUUUUUCUAAAAAGCGAGUGGAACCCAAAUGCAAAGAGAAGGGAAAAAUUUUGAGAAAACAGAUCAUUAAAUACAUUGAGGAGGGUGCAGAGUUAACACAGCUGCAAGCCAGGCAAGCAUUCAGUCUUUAUUUAGAAUCUAUAUUGCGUCGUCUUACUCAGGAGCCCAAAGAUUGCCAUGAAAAGCUUAUUUUAAAGUUUUUGUAUAGGGUUGGUGGCGCCGUUAAAGCGCCAGUAUUUUUCAGCAAUCCACAGAAUAUGCGACCGGUUAGCAAGGCCCGUUCAGCCAUGGUAGCCAAAUUGCUGUGCGAUUUUCUGGAACAAUACAACCGCGACACGGAGGCAUAUGUGGACAGUUUCGAUCAUUUUGCCAUGAUACCGACCAAUCUUUUUGUCGAAUUCCUAUCACAAGCUCAAGAAGGCGACCUUGAAGCGGUUUUAACUUUGAACACUAAUCUUAUGGGGACAAUGCCGUAUCUGUAUAAUCGCUGCGGUCUAUCAGUACCUCCAACGCCUCCAAUACCGUCCGGUGUUCAUGGAUUUUUAAAGGCCUUACCGGCUAUGGUACAAACUGGCUCUGGCUCUAGGGAUUUCAAUAAAUGUGACAGCUAUUAUAAGAAUUCAGAUGGUAUGUCGUGGCGUUCGACCGACACGACUACAAGCAGGAGAAAGUAUUUAACUAAUACCAAUAAUCGAAGAUAAACUUCAAAAUAAGCGACGUCUUAAAGUUAUUUCAUUAAUAGUUAAAUAAUAUUUAAGAACAAAAGUGAGCUUACGUUGGGCCUUUGAUACAUACCAAUAUUUGUGAAAUCAUACAGAUUUGCGUGUUAUCCCGCCCGCCCGCCCCCC